AUGUUCCUUUUUGCUGCAGGAGUUACCCUGCGGCUGGUGGCUGCCCACGGCUGGCGGCCUCGCCUGGCGAUCUUCUGGGCAGCCCCGGCCUGCAGCAGCAGCAGCAGCAGCAGCAGCAGCAGCUGCAGCUGCAGCAGCAGCAGGGCAGCAGAGCAGCAGUGCCCGCCUUCUUCGCUGCUGCUGCACCUUCUGGAACACCCAAUGCCUGGGGGACUUAUGGACACUCUCAUACGCAAAGGUUUGAUUUAUGAGGGCUUUGCGCUGUCGCAUGCAACUUCUCGGAGUUUCAUUUUGGGGCUUUAUUUGAAGUUAACUGCUGCUGGGCAGCAGCAAUCUGCUGCAGUGCUGCAGCUGGUGCGGCGCUUCGUGCUGCUGCUGCAGCAGCAAAUCGAUGCUGCCUUCAUCAGCAGCCACUUCGAAGGCUUGGGGGCCCUCAGCAGGGCCCUCUGGGGGGCCCUGGACCCUCUGGACCCGCUGCAGCAAGUAACAGCAGCAGCAGAAGCAACUUUGCUGCUGCCUUCUCGCCCAGACAUAGCCCUCAACACUGGCCUUUGUCUCCAGCCGCUGCAGCAGCAGCAGCAGCUUGCUGCUGUCAAGCAGCUGCUGCAUGCGCUCGUCAACGGCAAACAAGUUACUGUCUUCUUGGGGCCCCAGGGGCCCCCCGGGGGCCCCCAGGGGCCCGGGGGCCCCCAGCAAGGGCAGCAGGGGGCCUCCCAGGGGGCCCCCCUAGCAGCAACAGGUUCCCCAGCAGCUUCGGGGGGGGCCCCCUACGAAGAAGCAGCAGUAGCAGAAGAGGGGGGCCCCCAAGAAGCAGCAGCAGCAGAAGACAGGGGGCCCACAGCAGCAGGAGGGCCCCCUGCAGCUGCAGGGGGGGCCCCCGGGGCCCUUCGGGAGCUGCCGGAGUAUGGGGUACAGUACUACGUGGAGCCGACUGAAGAAGCAGCAGCAGCAGCAGCAGCAACAGAAGCAGCAGCAACAGGAACAGCAGCAGCAGCAACAGCAGCAGACGAUGUCGGUGAUGAGGGGAGCUCCCUGGGGGCCCCCCUUUCUGUGCCGGGGCCCCUUGCAUGCAAAGUCCCCGAAGAAGGCCCUGUGAAGCCGCACCCAGUGCCGGCAGUUUGUGCUGCUGCUGCUGCUGCUGCUACGCAGCUGCCGUCGCUGGGGGCCUUCUCCCCAGCAGCAGCAGCAGCAGCAGCAGCAGCAGCAGCCGGGGGGCCCCCAGGGCCCUGCGUGCUGCUGGCCGAUGAAAACUUGACCAUCUUGUGGCACAAUGGGGCCCCCUUCGGGAAGCCCCUGGUGAGGGCCUCGGUGCGGGCGCGAGUUGCUGCUGCAGCAGCAACAGCAGCAAAUGAUGCUUUUGCAAAAAUGUUUGUUUCCAUCUUUUCCAAAAAAAUAAAAUCCAAACUGAGUCAUUUCCAUGGCUGCGGAGUUGAACUCCUCGUGGCCUUCACUGCAGGCAGCCUCGUCUUCGAAAUCCAGGCAAGCCAGCAGCAGCAGCAGCAGCAGCAGCGGCAGCACAGCAGCAGCAGCAGCAGCAGCACAGCAGCAGCGGCAGCAGCAGCGGCAGCAGCGGUAGCAGCAGCAGCAGCGGCAGCAGCACCAGCAGCAGCAACAGCUUUGAGCCCCAUGUUUGAAGAGAUCUUCAAAGGAGUCGGAGAAGCUUUUCAACAAACUUUGGAAAACAUCACAGAGACAGAGUUCGAGCAGGCCUUGCAAGAGCUGCUGGAAGAGACACAAGACUUCGCAGCUUCCAGCGCCUACGAAUUGGCUUUGGAUUUAUCUCUUUCGCUGCUGCGGCAGAGCCGCUUCAGCCAGUUUGAUUUGCUGCAGCAGCUGCAGCAGCUGCAGCAGCAGCAGCAGCAGCAGCAGCAAGGGGGGGGAUUUGCGGCGUUCAAGGCCUUUCUCAGCAGCAGCUUCACUCGCACUGCAGUGGAUUGCUUCAUCAUGGGAGAUGUUGCUGCAGCAGCAGCAAAAGAUUUGGCGCUGCAGUUCGUGCAGCAGAUCCGCAGCAGCACAAUUCCCUACGAAGAAGCAGCAGCAGCAAAGACGGCGAGGCUGGGGGGCGACGUGGAGUUGGUUUUGAAAAACCCGAUCCCAGGAGACAGCAACUCCGUCUAUUUGUCUCUCUUUGUGUUUGAGGGGCCCGACGUGCUGCAGCAGCUGCUGCUUGCUGCUGCAGCACAGCUGCUGCGGGAGCCUUUCUUCGAAGAGUUAAGAACGGAAAACAAAGAUGGAUAUGUUGCAGCAGCAGAGCUGCUGCAGCUGGCUCCUGCUGCUGCUAUUGCCACUAUUGUCCAGACUUCUUCGAGGGGGUUGCCUCCCAGUUGUCUUCUCGGAAGCUUUGCUUUACGGAGCCGCAAGUGA